AAUUCCAUGACAACUAUGAAGCCCUCAUUACUACUACUACGACUCAUCACAACACUAACUCUAACCAUCAUCCUAGCCAAUAUUGAUGGUUGUCACUGCAAGAUUGUGCAAUUCAUAUUUGGAGACUCCCUCUCUGAUGUUGGCAAUAACAGGUACCUCACCAGAAGCCUUGCUCAGGCUAGCCUGCCGUGGUACGGUAUCGAUUUUGGCAACGGCCUCCCUAACGGCAGGUUCACUAAUGGCCGUACGGUUUCUGAUAUUAUAGGGGACGCGACGGGCCUCCCGAGGCCGCCGGCUUUUUUAGACCCGUCUUUGAGUGAAGAUGUGAUACUAGAGAAUGGUGUCAAUUAUGCGUCUGGUGGUGGUGGGAUUCUGAAUGAAACUGGUGGCUUAUUUAUUCAAAGGUUCUCUCUGAACAAGCAAAUUGAGUUGUUCCAAGGAACACAAGAGCUGAUUAAGACCAAAAUCGGAGAAGAAUCGGCUGCGAAAUUCUUUCAAGAAGCUCGUUAUGUGGUUGCUUUAGGGAGUAAUGACUUCAUUAACAACUACUUAAUGCCGGUUUACAGCGACUCAUGGAACUACAAUGAUCAAACUUUCAUCGACUACCUAAUGGAAACUCUUCAAGGACAACUCAAGCAAUUGCAUGGCUUAGGGGCUCGGGAACUAAUGGUGUUUGGGCUAGGCCCAAUGGGCUGUAUUCCACUCCAAAGAGUGCUAACCACAAGUGGGGAUUGUCAAGAUAGAACAAACAAACUAGCCCUAAGCUUCAACAAAGCAACAAGCAAGUUAGUUAACAGCUUGUCUACCCAAUUAGCCAAUGCUAAUUACAGAUUUGGAGAUGCUUAUGAUGUCGUUAGCGAUGUGAUUAGCAAUCCGCACAAAUACGGGUUCAAUAAUUCGGACUCACCGUGCUGCUCCUUCGGGCGUAUUAGGCCUGCACUCACAUGUGUUCCGGCAUCAAUAUUGUGCAAAGAUAGGAGUAAGUAUGUGUUUUGGGAUGAAUACCAUCCAAGUGAUAGCGCUAAUGAGUUAAUCGCCAAGGAGCUUAUCAAUAAACUCGGAUUUUUAGGCGACGCUCCUACUCCUGCUCCUGCUCCUACUCCUUACGUCGAUGGUGAUGUUGCUCCAUCUCCAGACGAUUAACAAAUUGUUGCAUUACCUAUGUAAGUCUAUACUCUAUACACAAAUAAGUCAAGCUGUGAAUUCAAUCCUGCUUGAUUUUGUAAUACUUUUAGCAUAUGGUACAAAAGAGAAAUGCUUGAAUACUUUCAAGUUUAAUUUCAGAAGAAAAGCAUGAGAAAUUGUUAUAUAAAGUGGACAAAAUUGUAGCCCCUAUUGUAGAAUAUAUGGUGGGUUCUACCUCAAUAUCCACUCUCUAUGAAAUUGGAUUAAGAUAUUCCAAGGA